AAGCACUUUGUACCAUUCCUCAACUCACUUUUGUCUUGGCCUGCCUUGCUCCAAUCAACAGUUCUUAGCAUCAGCAUUAGCAUUGCUCUCUCACAUAUAAAACUAGUAAUACUCUCUCACAUCACUGCCUGGUGACUGGUGUCUGGAAAGACAUUGCUUGUAUAAAUUAUUAGUAUGUAUUAUGUAUAUAAGGUGUCUAGGAUGAAGGAUGCCCUAACUAGCUAGCUAGUUAGUGCCCACCACCUAGGAUCUCCUUCAGGUUUGUAGAGAGAACAAUUGGGCUGGAUGGAGCUGCUGAAGCCGGUGGCCGCCAUGCUCGCCUUCGACACGCUCUUUGCCGUGAUGGCGGUGUUGGUUAAGAAGGCGUUGGAUAACGGCCUGAACCCUGUUGUCCUUAUCGCUCUGCGACAGUUUGUCGCCGUGGUCGUCCUAGCCCCAAUUGCCUACUUCAGAGAAAGGAAUGCAAGACCAAAAUUCACGAAGGAAAUCUUUGCCUACUUGUUCAUGAGUGCGCUACUUGGGGCACUGUUGUCUCAGUAUCUGUUCUUCUUGGGGUUAAGCUACACCACGGCAACACUCGCUGCAACCUUCUCCAAUAUGACUCCAGUUUUCACCUUCUUGGUCGCUGUCCCUCUCCGGCUGGAAACAGUAAGUGUGAAGAGCUUGGCAGGGCUGGCAAAGAUCGUCGGAACACUCACGUCGGUCGGUGGUGCGAUACUACUGAGCCUGUACAAGGGUGCUGCCCUGACUCACACAGCAUCUUCAGUCCAAGAACACACUGCAAGUGGUACUACCACCACUAGCAGCAGUAGCAAGGGGAGAUGGAUGUUGGGCUCGGCGUUGCUGCUGGUGAACUGCAUCGCCUUCUCAUUCUGGAUGCUGCUGCAAGGGAAGCUGACCAAGAAGUACCCUGCAGUCAUCUCCAGCACUGCAUUCAUGGCCCUGUUCAGCUCACUGCAAGCAGGGGCACUGGCACUGACCACACAGAGGCACCUCUCCGUGUGGCUGCUUCGAGGAAGUAUACAGAUCGCAACCGUUCUUUUUGCGGGAGUGGGAGUAUCAGGGAUAGGAUAUGUGCUGAUGACCUGGUGCAUCGAGAAGAGGGGGCCAGUGUUCACUGCAGGCUUCAUACCUCCCAUUCAGAUCAUAGCUGCAGUCCUUGAUCUCUUCAUCCUUCAUGAACAGCUUUACCUCGGAAGUGUUGUAGGUGCUGCUCUUGUGAUUGGAGGUCUCUAUCUUCUCCUCUGGGGAAAGAGCCAGGAAGCGUCAGCAACCGUUUUAUCAGCUAAAGGAGCGGAAGAAGACAGGGAGGAGCAAGUAAAUUUGUGAAGUGUAUGAGAGGACAUUCUUAGUGGCUACUGGCUAGUAUUUGCAAUGUCAACAAUCACCCUAAACGUUGCAACGUGCGAUUACAUAUAGCUUAAUUUCGAAUAAUCCAGUGUCAUAUUUAUGAUCAUUGUGCA